CAGCAGCAGCAGCAUCAUCAUCAUCUUAAGCAUCAGCAGCACAGCACGAAGACAGCAGCAGGCCUCCAGCCACCGACUGCCUCAUUCUUAAUUAUCUCCAUGGCUGCUGAUGAGAUCCGGCAGGAGCUGAAGAUGCUCAGAAUGCGCCAAAUAUUAUCUGCAAAAAUCGGACGCCUGUUCGUCUGUAUACAGAGCAACAUGAAAUCCGACAGAGCUGCUUAAAAUAGACGUUCUCGCUAGUUAAUACGUGUGAUUUGGUGUGUAUUAUUAUUUGCACCGGGUGUUGGAUUUGACGAGGAUCUCUCCAGUGCGCUCCCUCCACCCUGCUGCUGCUGCUGUUGUUGUUGUCCUCCUCUUCCUCGUCAUCAUCAGCAGCAGCAGACACACUCGGUCAGACGGACACCAUCUGUAUACAGCAACACUGUAAACAGACGAGGGACUGUUUUUGGGUUGUUGUUUUUUUUAAAAGACGCAGUGGAAGGUAGGUGGUUUGUGUCUCUCCAUGUCUCGGAUCACGCUUCCACCUCGUGCACGUUUGUUCUCCAGCAGAAUGGUGCAGUGCAACAGCGUUUGCUCAGCUCUUCCACAAAUGGACAAGGACAUGUCAGAAGGGGGACAGGACAGGAUAUGUUUUCAUGGUUUCACGCUUUGAAUGAUAUGCUUUCAAUGAGCAAUGCCUAGGAGGCCACCGGUUACUCUUCAAUGCUGUUUUCUGAGAAUGGAGCUGUAGUAAACCUCUGAAGGAUUUAGAUAAACUGCUAGCAUGUUGCAGCCUUCCACCAGAACAGGUGACUGCCUGUUGGAAACAUUACCUCACCAGAGUAAGCAUCCGAAAUGGGUCCUCUUCCUCACCGUGUGCGUAGCUGUCCUCUGUCUUCCAGGGGCAGCAGCAACUACCUUAAACUGCCAUAAGACAUGCAUCUGCGCCUCAAACAUAGUGAGCUGCUCAAAGAUGAACCUGACCACUGUCCCCACUCUCAUACCGAACUACACUGGCGUGCUGGAUCUCAGCUAUAAUGAGAUAACAAAGCUGCUGUCUGAGUGGACCCCGAUUGUUCUCCCAAAGCUCCAUAAUCUCCUCCUCAGUCACAAUGGUCUCUUCUUCUUGUCUUCAGAGGCAUUCAUAAAGGUGAAGAACCUACGCUACUUGGACCUGUCCUCCAACAGCUUGCGGCAGUUGGAUGAGUUCAUCUUUGAGCCUUUGGCCAACCUGGAGGUUCUCCUGCUCUACAACAACCUAAUUUCACAGAUUGACCGCUCAGCCUUUGUUGGCGUGAUCAACCUCCAGAAGCUCUACCUUAGUCAGAACCAAAUCUCUCGAUUUCCACUGGAGCUGGUUAAGGAAAAGUCCCGUCUGGAGAGACUUAGCCUCCUGGAUGUGUCCUCCAACAAGAUCAAGUUGUUGCCCAUUGAGGAGCUUAAGGCACUGCCUGCUUGGUUAAAAAAUGGCCUCUACUUCCACAAUAACCCUCUGCCCUGUCACUGUGAUCUCUACACGCUCUUAGCCCACUGGUACCUUCGAAAACUCAACUCUGCGGUGGACUUCAAAGAUGACUACACAUGUAUUCUGCCUGGUCUGCAAAAAAAACAAGUAGCUGUUUUUGAUCUCAGUGGUGAAACGAUGAACUGCAGCACAUUCAAGGAGGCAGGUGAAGAGGCUUUUCUGGAGCAAAUACUUACACUGAGCUGUGACACCAAACACAGAGACAUGUCAAAGACCUGGACCCUGCCUGGCAAUGUGCCAGUGAUACCUGGAAGCAACCAGACUGCCAAAGUCCUGCCGGACGGAAGUUUGCAGAUAAGUUCAGUGAGGUCUGACGACUCUGGGACUUACACUUGCUUUGCGAUGAGCGAGGCCAUAAAUGAGACGAUCUAUGUGGUUCUGAAGGUUCACAACCUCACCAUGCAUGGGAGCGGCGAGACCUUGAACACGGCAUACACCACCUUAGUUGGCUGCCUGGCCAGCGUAGUGCUGGUGUUAAUGUACCUUUACUUGACACCAUGCCGCUGUUUCUGCUGCCCCAGCAAGGGUAAGACUCGUGGAGAGGACAGCAUCCACUCCUCUAUGCUCAGUGUGACCCCAACCCAUGAGGACCCAGCACUCAAAGCUGAGCUGAACAAGCAUGUGGCAUUCAUAGAUUCAAAGGACUUGCAGGGCCAAAAUGGAAAGCUGAACCCCAACGGGAACGAGAAUGAUGACGAUGAUCUGGAUGCAGAGGCUGGCUCUCUAAUGAAGGGGAAGAGGAAGAAGUCAGUAGCAGAGUCCAUUAGCUCAGUCUUUUCAGACACUCCCAUGGUGGUCUGAGAUGAUACAAUGGAUAUCACAAGACUGGAUGCACACUGGUACAAUGUGAGCCAUGUUUUAGUUAAUGUAAACUGUGAGUGACCUUGUGGGACAACACGGACAAAGGAUGUUCGCCUGCAGUUGCUGGCAAAAGAAAAAUAAGGAUCUCAAAGGGAGUAAAAAAUAAAAAACUGACUUAUUGAUGUUGACAAUAAGCCAGACUUUUUUCCAGCAGUUCAAUCUGUAGCACUUAACAUACUGUGAAUGAAUGGCAGUGUGCACGGACACAGAAACUACUGAAGUCUUAAGGACGGAGGAUGGAUACAGUAUAUUGUUGAUAUUAGCACUCAGGAAGUGAUAGAUUACAUAACAAAGGGGGGGGGGGCAUAUGACACAUGCACAGAUUGAUUUGAAUAAACAAAAUCACUCACAUAAAAUAGAAAUUGAAACCAUGGCUGGCUCAUAGUUAUAGUUUAAACAGGAAGUACUGUUGAAGAAGAGACCACAUCUUAUGUAAACAUUUCUCUAUCAACACAGGGAGACACUUCCAGGUCAUACUUACCGUGUUCUACCGUGCAGAAUUCAACUGGAGGUGUACAUGGAUUCAUCCGCGUAGGGUUCGAAAGGGCCAACGCAGGAAUAGGAGGAUGACCUUUGCACACAUGUGGACACAGAAAGUAUGACCCGGGCCUUUGACAGACAAAGUGCUGUCACUGGGCUAUGGUUACACGCGUAAUUAACCUUGGGACAUCUACAUAGAAACAGCAUGUCAUAAACCAACUGUAUAUGAGACGAUCAGACCAUGAGUGAGAUCUAGGACAUCAGUAUUCAACAUUUAAUCUAUUGAAGAAGCGAUGACACAACUAUAUUAAGAGGUCAUUGUCAUCUUAAUCCAGACUGAUCCUUAUUAGUAUUCAUAUGGAAAUUGAUAGAGGAAUAUACUUUUCCAUCGCUAUAUUAAGAAUUUGUUUAUAUGUAUGAAUAGUAUAAAAUCAUUAACCGGCUUGAGAUAGAUCAUUGUUUAUAAAAAUAACUGUGUAAUCAUAAUAAUAGCCUCUUAGUGACUGAAUAUCUAUGAUAUAAUCCCGAACGAACUACUGAAGCCUCACAUAGCACAUUGUUUCAAUUCUGCAUACACACAGGUUCCAUGGUCCUUACAAGGACAGACAGACUCCUCCUCUUAGUCCCAAGUUAUAGCAUUUAUGUCUCUCUGUCACAUUAGCAAGUUAAAAACCAAGCCCACGCUAAACGCUGCCAGCCUUAGUUCAUUUAAUACUUUUCUUGGUGUAAAUUAUGCACCUUAUAUAAUAUCCUGAUUUGUUUUAAUGUACAUUGCUAAAGAAAAAACUAAAAAAAACAUGAGCCUCUGUGUAUUCAAUCAUUAUGUCAAAUGGAUUAUGUUGUAGAUUUGAUUGCGUUUUGCUGAAAUGAACAAUUUACACUGAUUUCAAAUGUAGCGUGGUUGGUAGGAAAUGAUGUUUGUAGUAUUAGCAGGCAACAUUAGAGCCAUUUAAUAAAACCAGUGGGGUUCCUUUUGAGGAGGAAGCUUCAGAAGCAACAAUAAUUUGACAGUUUGUAGCCGACUGCAGGAAACCUUCUGCAUCACAGGAGACUCUCCUCAGAGAUUCCUUCCUCUUAAUGGUUAUGAAUAUAUCUAUUGUGUUGUAUGCUGUGCAUAUUUCAUUAACACGCUUUUUUCAAAAGGAGCCUGUGUUUUGGCGUAUACAAGAGCGAGUGUUUGGAUUUAAAUGUUUGGCGUUUGUGUCAGAGUACAACAAGGCAAGCCCCCAUGUAAAUGCUAAUUGCAUCCUUAGAUGGGCGGCGGCUUCCCUCUUAUUUCUAUGUCUUUGUCUCUUUGAGCAUUAGAGGAUAGGUGUGUUAUCGCGAGUCGCAGCAACUCAAAGCCAUUCUCUCUGGCUCCCUGUGCUCAGUCAUGUUUGCUGUGUUUGUGUACCUUUCUCAUUAUGGGGCUGCCCUUAUGUAAGUUCAAAAGCAAACAUUCACCUCGGCAAUGAAUGUGAUGCCAUUUAAGAAGUACGUAGUUUUUGUUUAUCGGGGGGGAAACACCUGGUGCUCCCAUUCAGCAUUUGCUCUCCCAUCAAAUCGUAUGGUUGGAAAGUGUCAAAUUAGUUUUCCAGAAACCACAAUAUACUGCAAGUGUGUAAACCACACACACACACACACACGUUGCACAGAAAUAACAAUUAAGCUCUGAAAUGGUGAGGGAUGUAAAUGUUCUUUUGGAGCAAUGGAUGAAAUUUGGCGGAAUAUUUACGGUUGCAGUGUGCACCACAGCGUCUCCUGUGUGGGUGAGAAAAGGAAGUCACACUCGGUGUGUGUGUGUGAAUCAUUCCACUCGCUCACACACAGGAAUACCAGGUGGAGAAAUAUAGAGCAGCAAAAAAUACCACAGGAUGCACUUAAAACACACAGAGACAGACGGAGUGAGAGAGGUUUAGCACUACACUGCGGACCGGCGUGCCCCAUUUUAAAUGAACCAGGCUCCAUGUUAUGCUCUUCUGGAUUUGAACAAGCCUCUGUGCCCUGUCGUUGUUCAGUGGGAUCAGUUUGCUCUUGAUUUCAGGGCCUUAGAAGCUGGUAAAUGUUCAAUUCGCAGAAUCUGAGCUUGAAGCCAAACGUGUAUACAGAUAUUAUGGCUGCUGAAUAGCACACAUUCAACCGCCAGACCAUCAUAUCAUGUGUUUGCCCCAAAGUAACCCAGUGUCAAUCCAGUUAAAUUUGCCAUGGGUAAUAGGUGGUCUUCUGUGGAUUGUCAGUGAAAUUACAAGUUGCAUUUAUGUACAGAGAAAAACAGAGCUACUGCUGUUGACGAUAGAGAAGGAAAAAGAGUGGUUUGUUCCCUCCAAAACAAUUCUGCCUACCUAUUUAUCUCUCUAUAUAUACAGUAUAUAUGUAUUAAGACUCACUUUUCUGUGCUCAGUAUUGAUUACCCGUGUACUGCUAUGUUCUACCAGUGUACUGACUGUAUUCUUGUGUAAUCUGAUGUUGUUGAUCACUUUGCAUUUUUGUCUGCUACUGUUCGCUGUUUCAACAUUCAAGUCUUGACAUAAAUGUUUAUUUUUUAUGUAGGGUGGGGUUUAGUUUUUUAACGAAAGAGGAUUAUUUUACACUUAACUCAGCUGAAGAAUAAGGUUGGUCUGAAAAUGCAUUUGACGGUUGCCGGUUGUGAAAUCAGUGGUCGUGGUCCGUCCCAAUGGGCAGUGAGUAUGAGGCCGUGGGAUGUUCAGUCAGUGUUUGACUUAGGUUGUAAAAGCCAUAACAAAUUCAAGGAGAGCGCCUGAUGUAGAGACAUGAUACGAGUUUUCAGGUGGACAUACUUCUAUUCUAGCGGAUACGUUUUUUCUGUAACAACAAAUUAUUAGAUAAAUAAAAAAAAAAAACAUAUAAUAAGGAUUAAGAGAUCUGCCAACGCACAAGGAUGAAGUCUUGAAACAUGGAUUUCGAGGGUGAAUAAAUCUUCUCAGGACUAUCUCAUUUUAAAGUUCAAAUAUAAAAAUUCUAAACGUUUUCAUAUUUGCAGCAACAAUAAUGUUUGAUAAUGGACAUCAGUGCAGAUCAUAUUUGCAGUUAUAGCACUUUAUUGUCAGUGAGAGAAGGGAGUGGCCCCUCACUGCCCGACACACAUCGAUCUCCAUUCAUCCACAUAUGUAGUAGCAAUUACAGGAACAUCCUUAAGAUAGCAGAGCUAAAAGCUCUCUGCCUUCACAACGUGCUACUACAAAUGUCCAUGGGAUGAGAACGGAGCUUUUAACACCAUUAAAAGCAUGGAGUUUAUUGACCACUGCUUCGGGGAUGAGCUGGUUGGUCACCGCCAUUAAAUCUUGAAAGGCCUCACAGCUAAUGGAAUGGCUUUGCAUGGUACAUUUAAGAGCUUCUCUGAAUUCAGAAUAGGUGCAACCUAGUAGAAAUGUAAGAAUAAUGACAUUUCAGUUGGCUCAAUAAACGAUCAAGAUUUGAA